AUGAAGGUUGCCCUUGGGCUUUUCAGCGCCAUUCUGGCGGCUAAUUUGUACUUAGCUGCCUCCCAGACGAUUCCACCUCCACUUGCCGUCACCUGCCCUUAUCCAGUCGACCUGGUCUUCCUCAUAGACAGCUCGGAGAGUUUCAGGACGAGCGGUUUCGAGGAUGCAAAGACGUUCGUCCAGAGUGUAGUCAACUACUUCACACUCGGAGAAAACGACACAAGGGUCGGCGUUGUAACGUAUAGCAACCGCGACGCGCAGGAUACACACGUGAAGCUCAACGAAAAUUACACCAGAGUCGAGCUCUUAACAGAGAUCCGCAACAUUAUAUACGACAGGGGACACACCUUCACAGGACUUGGUCUCGAUCACGUGCGCAAUAACUCGUUUCUCGAAAUAAACGGUCGGCGGAAUAAUACCCUCGACUUCUUGAUUGUGCUUACUGACGAUGAAUCUGAGGACGACAUCGUCCGCCCGGCACAGCUGAUUCGCCAGAUGGGCAUCACCGUGUUCGUUGUGGGAGUUGGCGAGGAAGCCGACAUCAAACAAGCUACUCUAGAGACAAUUGCCGGUACUCCAAACAGGGUAUUCAGGCUCAGCGACCAUGAUUUCCUUACCGAUGACGAGCACCCCAAAUCUAUCAGGGAGUCGAUUUGCAACGGUGAGUACUAA